CUGAUGUAAAUUUUUUUUAGUUAAAAUUACAAAUGUGAUAAAUUUGCCUGAAUAUUACAUAAAAUUCGCAAAUCAUGCAAUAAAAGGGUUUUAAUACAGUUCCCAUUUUAUUAAAGAUUGUUUAAUCGUGCGGUGCGAUGGAGUGACAACCAUCAUUUCUCGUUGAAUGUGAAAUAGCUUUCGAUCGUAUUUUCGCACGUCCUGCAGACAAACAAUAGGGAGUUUUUGCUGCAGGAUUGUUGAUCUGUGUUAUUGUGCAAGUGCACUGUCGAGUGCGAUUGGCGAAUCGACUGGUGCAGUGCAGUAGACCCGGGCUAGUGGCGACAUGUAUCAGUGAGGCCAGGAGCUGGUCAUGUUGGAGACGCGGUCGGUCCGCGCCGCUGACUCGGUGUGGGCGAACAAGCCGCUGCCGGCGCCGCACGCGAUGGCUAACUCCAGGCAUGGAAAGAACACCCAGGACGAUGUCUGCUACGUGGUUGCGAAGUACGAUUACGCCGCGCAAGGCGCUCAGGAGCUGGACCUGCGGAAGAACGAGCGGUACCUGCUGUUGGACGACUCCAAACACUGGUGGCGCGUGCAGAACGCGCGCAGCCAGUCCGGCUACGUGCCCAGCAACUACGUGAAGAAGGAGAAGCCUUCUCUUUUUGACAGCAUCAAGAAGAAGGUGAAGAAGGGGUCCGGCUCGAAGACCCUGCCGUCGAGCAGUUCGCCGGUGCGCGGCGCGGCGUGCCCCGAGUCGCCGGCGCGGCGCGCGGAGGCGGUGGAGGCGCUGGGCGCGGCCGUGGUGAAGUACAACUACCAGGCGCAGCAGCCCGACGAGCUGGCGCUCACCAAGGGCACCCGCAUCCUCAUCCUGGAGAAGAGCAACGACGGCUGGUGGCGCGGCCAGUACCAGGCGCACACCGGCUGGUUCCCGUCUAACUACACGAGUGAAGAAGGUGACAGCGAGGACACUGUUCACACAUAUGCGAUGGCGGAAAACGUUCUGGAUAUCGUUGUGGCGCUGUACUCCUUCACGUCCAACAACGAGCAGGAGCUGUCGUUCGAGAAGGGCGACCGGCUGGAGAUCAUCGAGCGGCCGCCCUCCGACCCCGAGUGGUACCGCGCGCGCGACAGCCGCGGCCACAUCGGCCUCGUGCCGCGCAACUACCUGCAGGAGCUGGCCGACUACCUCGCGCAGCCCUACAGCGAGGCGGGCGAGGCGCCGGCGGGCGGCGCGGCGGCGCGCGGCGCGGCGGGGCGCGCGUGGUACUACGGCGCCAUCACGCGCACGCACUGCGACGCGCUGCUCAACCAGCACGGCCACGACGGCGACUUCCUCAUCCGCGACUCGGAGACCAACGUUGGCGACUACUCUGUGUCACUAAAAGCGCCGGGCCGUAACAAACAUUUCCGCGUGCAAGUUGAAGGCAAUCUCUACUGCAUCGGGCAGCGGAAGUUCCCAACGUUGGAUCAGCUCGUUGCGCAUUACCAACGGGCGCCAAUAUAUACCAACAAACAAGGGGAGAAACUUUAUCUCGUGCGUCCGCUACCGCGCGCGGCUGCGAAUUGCUGAGCGGGGAUCGUGCGAGGCUCUAUACAUAACCUCCGGCACGCGGACGAACGACUGCGUUAGACCUCUCGCACACUCGUGAUACGAUGACAUCGUAUGCGCGGUUACGUGAAGCUCAAAGUGUGUGGAUACAGUGAAUAAAAGUUUAGUGUUUAAAUAAAUCACCAGUGCGCGUCUAGUCUAAGGCUAAGGCCUGAGUGAACGCAAUGGCGGGGCACGCAUAACGCGGCGUCCAGACAGUGCGCGCUCUCGCAACACUUGCCUCGCAGCGCAUGCCUCGCGGUGUUCGCCGCACUCAGGCCUUACAUCAAACAGUUCGACGAGCAGUUGCUCCAAUUUCUUGGAAAAUUACAUAGAAUAUUGAACCAAGAGGUAAGCGCUUUGUAUCCUAUAGAAAUAAAUAGGUACUUAUUAAGUUUGUCCAAGAAAUUUUAGUGAACGCUAAUUAAAUGGAAUCGAAUACAUUGUUUCUAGUCUAAUUUUUUUUACAAUUUAUAUUAAAUUUAAGUACUAUAUUUAACGUAAAAAUGAUUUAAACUUCUGUUUAAAAUGAUACUCAAUGAAACUAUUGUUAGGUGUUAAUGAAUAAUUAAAAUUUAGUUAGGCCUAAUAAUAAAAUGUACCUACCUACAAUUUUUGGGGAAAAAUAUUUAAAUACACGAAAUGAUGUAUUCAUUCCAUUUUGCACAUUUAAGUUUGCUACUUUUGUAGUACUUAGAGCGUUUCGUCGCCGAGUAAUGAAUGGAUAAUCCAUACAUUUGUAGAUUUUGUAGGGUAAAAAAAACAUUUUAUUGAAGGACUGUAACUUUAUAAAUAAUAAAACUUUUAACAUGCAUGUCGAAGUGAAAGUCACAAUUCGCUAUUAUACAUUAUAUUAUGGUAACGAUAGCGCACAUUGUCAAAAUUGUCAAAACUGUUAAUUUACUUUUGCUAAAACCACUAUGGCCAUCAAAGAAAAACAUGUCAUUGGUUUCAUGAAAAUUAACGGUGAACAAUGGGACAGGCAAUAAUGCAUUCUAUUUACCUGUUGCAUAACAUGUCAAUUAUACCACAACAUUGUUGUAACAACGAAAACUGGCAUUUAUAUUAUAAAGUACAGGUAAAUGUGAUCAAUGUGACAGGUAAUAGCUAAUGUGUUGUUACCUGUCAUUUGGGGAGGAUAAAAUGUAACAUAUUCUAAAACUGACAGGUAAAAGUAAAUAAUUUAAAAGUAUUUGAAAAAAAAAAGUUAAUAAUGGAUAAAUUAUGCAUACCCUAGUAAAUGUUCAUUAAAUGGGAUAUAGUCAGCUGGAGUCCCUGUAUAGUUAUAUAAUAUUAUGUAGUUUAAUGCAGUGUUGAUGCAACACUGAAAAUAUAAUAAUUUUAACGAUAAUAAACCAAAAAACCGCUUUGCAUUCUCUAUUAUAUUAAUAAUUAUUAAUAAGGGCAAUUUCUAUAUCAUAUAAUUUGAUAAGUAAUGUAGCGUAAUUUUUAAAUGAUUUUUUAUAGAUAAUAUGCGUUUGAUGUAAUGUACUCAUGUUCCCAUAAUUUAACCGGUGUACAAGACGAAUUGUAUAAUAACUAUAUUCAAUUAAAAUAAUAUCAAUCACACAAAAUGGUGCUUAACAUUAUUGUAUAUGAAUUCUAAACUAAAUUGACAGGUUUAAGGUGCCCUUUGUAUUGGGAGCACAGAUAAUAACAUGAUGAUAUUUUGCAUUCAAUGUAGUUAGGAUUUGUGUACAACUCGAAUAGCACCAAUGUCCCCUAACUUUUAUUGCAUUUUAGUAUUCAAUUACGCAAGAGAGUUGGCUUUUCAUGGAUUACGAUGGAGCUGAAUAUUCCAAAAUGCAAUAAUUGAAUGAACUGUCAUUUAUAUUGGUCUAAGAGUAGCAUGAACUGUGUUGUGAUUGUUGACGAUCAAAAUUGGCCACUAUGAUAAUUAAAAAAAGGUAAGCUGUUAACAUUAGAGGACCUACAAAUAACCAAGUUUAGUAAUUUUAAUAUAUCAUUUAAAAUAACUACCACAGAUUAAAGUGUAGCAGUCGUGGUUCUCUGGCAUCACAAUAGUUAAAUAAAAAAAUAAUAAAUAAGGAAAAGCCUCAUUAAGUUAAUCUUUAAAACCUCGACAGCUAGUUUUGUAGCUCUAAUGUAACAUCUUGCAACACAUGGUGGCUAAUGUGUACGCAUCACUAUACUCUUUGAGUAUGGAUGUAAUAUAUGAUAGGAAUCGCCUAUACAUCCAUUUCGAAGUAUUUAAAGGGGCGAUCAACCCUUCCAUUGAUCAGGCGUGUGCGCUUAGACCUUAGUUCUUAAGAAUCAACUCCAAUUAAAAUACUUCGAUCGGGUAUAUGAUGUAUUUGUAUGCAAGUGCAUAUGCAAUGUGAUGUUUGGCUACAUAAUAUGUUAUUGUAAGUCACUCUCAAGGAAAGCGGUAAGAAAACGGGAAUUUUCAACAUAAUAUAAGUUAUGAACAAAAUAGAUAUUAAAAUAUAGUUUUUUUUUUUAAUUAUCAUUUAUGAUAAAUAGAUCGCGUCAAGUAAAAAUAACGUUGACUGCCUAACUGGUUACGGGUAAUCUGUACAAUUACACCAUUUUUAUGUACUUGCUUACAUACGAAAACAAUCUUUUCAUUCCUUUUUUACUGUAUGGUACGUAUUAUAAUUACAAUCAAAACACAAUUAUUUUUAAUUUCUUAAAACACGCUUCUUUCUUUAUGUUUGAUGUUUCUUACACUGAAUAAUAUUUUGAUUAUAAAAAAAAAUAUGAUGCGCUAGUCCCACAAGCGCUCUUUUUACGUGACGCGACCUACAUAGUUUUAUUUUAUUUCGUUAUAAUACUGCAAUCGUUUUACUUUAACGUUAGGGCUAGUUUGGUGCUAGAAACUUGGCAUAAGUAUUUUUCAAUUGCCUAAAUCUUAUCUGAGGAAUAAAUUUGACGUUAUUGCAGUUUUUGUAUCAGAAAUCUGUCAAACUUUAUCCCCUGAUAUAAUUACUAAAAAGUGUUUUGUUACCAUUCAUUUUGAAUCACAGCCGACUAGCUCUAAAUGUACCCUUUUUAUACACUAAAUUAACUUUUUAAAUAGUAACACCUGCAUUUUAGUAGGAAUUUAUGUAAUAAAACAAAUUGUUUUUGAUCUACUAUAAAAUAAUAACUACUUAAUUAAAUUCAUUUGUUUAAUUUAAGAUUAAUGAUUUUAU